AUUCUACUGCGACUUUAUUUGUAAACACUAUUGGGCUGAAAGAUGGACGCUUACGACAUACAUAGGAAAAAUUGGGAGGAUUUAGACGUGACCAAAGAAGAGCUGAAAAAUUUGACCGAGUGCUUGAAAAAGGAGGAGUUCCGCAAGAUGUUGAUCGAAUACGUGGAAGAGGUGACUGAUCCGAAAAAUAUGGAGGUCUAUCAAAAAGAAAUUACGUUGUUAGAGAAGAAACGGGGCGUCGACGUUACAUUCGUCGCCCCACAGCCUAGUUACGUCAUAAAAACCAGCAUAAACGGAGACAAAAAAUGUUUUCUAAAUAUUUGCACGAGCGAACUUACAGAUCCGCCGAGCAGUCAACCUUCCUUCGAACAAGGUCAUCAUGGACAACAAUGGUCUAUUCCUUACUUGUUAACACCACCUCGUGAUGACCUUGACAAAAAAAAUGUACGUUGCAAAGUCUUCGAUGUGAUAUUUCAUCCUGAUACCAUUUUCCUAUCGACGAAACACGCAGAACUUCGCAAAAUCGUUAACAGCACGGCUAUAGACGGUGUCGAAAAUAAUUUUAAUGUCAAAUUGGAUAGGAAAAAUAUAAAGUUUCCACAAAUAAGAUACAAAGGGAUAUGUCAUCCAACUGUGAUCAGAAAACCAUCCAAGAGUCAGCCUGAAGAGGAAUUGGACAUAGAACCAGAAAUCUAUCAGAAGCUAAUGGCCAGUUACGACAAGAGCAGACAACCAAGACCCAAGCGUAUGGAGAAAGUGCCAAAGCGGUCACCUUCUACCAAAUAUUAUAACAAGAAAGCAAAUAAAAGUACAGACACGGAUAACAAAUUUACGACACCAAAAUUUUCUAUAAAACACCAAUCCGACGUAGAGCUGGAAGAUUUUAGCACGAACAGAAAUGCAAAAAUGAAUGCUACGGUACCUAAGCGAUUAAUCAUCACUAUAGAUCUACCCCUACUAAAAACUGCCACCGAUGCUUCUCUAGAUGUACAAGAACGUUAUCUCAGCAUAAAGAGCAUAAAACCUGCAAAAUAUUUAUUGGAGCUUCCUCUACCUUAUCGCGUGGAUGCAGACAGGGGUAAUGCUAAGUUUGAUGCGAAACACAAGAAGCUUGUUGUUACGCUACCAGUUAUACAACCAGUGGUAUCGGUAUCUAAUACCAAAGAGGACAGUGGAGUAAAUAGUGAUCCUUGUAACUUUGGUAAUACUGUGCCGCUACUACUAGAAGAUUCCAUGGAAGAUUCUUUUAGUCAGAGUCACGAGAGUAACUGUACACCAAAAUUAGUUGAAGAAUGUGAAACAGUGCUUGCAACUACAAAAACGGAAUAUGAGAGCGAAAAUGUAGAAGAUUCUAGUGAUACGACAUUACGGACUAGCAAAAAAAAUAUAAGCACAUUUUUAGAUCCUAGCAUUAAGUAUUCACUGCCAACAUUUACUUGUAAUUUAUGUAAGAAUCAAUUAACGAUUACUGUGAAUCUAAAAAAUGUCAAUCCAGAUUCUAUUCGCUAUAGAAUUUUACAAAAUAAUUUAGGGAUACACGCUUUACUAACAUCUGUAGGUACAGGAUUUUUUCCACAGCACUAUUCGUUAUGUUUAAAAAUAACCGAGAAUUCUGUAAAUCCCGAUUCGGUCACGGUCGAACCGUGGGAUAACAAUGUUGUAUUUACUAUUAUGUUAAAAGAUAUGGAAAAUUUAGAACAGUACUACGUUGGUAUAGACGAAGAGUUCAUGGAACAGAAACAUUUUUCUAACGUUGCGUCUUUCAAGAAUCAACUAGAAAAAUUAACGACUAAAAACGAUGACGAGGCGAAUCAAGGAAUCGAGGUACAAACAGAGGAUAGUAGCUUCGUUAUAAAUAUUAGCCCAAACCAUUUAGAUACGGACGAUGAAGCUGAAGGACACAGUACAACAUCGAUGGAAGAACGACCAAAUCUUUGUCAUACUGUAACAAAGACUAGAUCUGUUUCAGAGAGCAGCGGAGAUGAGUUGAUAAGUAAUAAUAUAACAGGUACAUUCCCAAAAAGUAUAUUAAGAUCGCAACGCAAUCAUAAUCUUUCGCGUUCAGUAUCCGAAUCGAGUGCCGAUGAAAUUGGAACGGCUGCAUCGUCUAUAGAUUGUCAUUACGAUUCGAUACCGGAUCUAAAUUCUGAAUUAGAUUGUUCCAGCUUAAAAAAGACAGUACGAUUCAACGACGUAGUAUCGCGACAACUAUUCAGAUCGAAUUCCAGUAUUCUUGGCCAACGUAAAAAGAACCAACGUAAAUUACGAAAUAAAAGGCGUGCCUAUGAACGUAAAAUGAGCGAAAGCGAAGCUUCCGAAACGGAGGACCGUGAUAAGUACAAAGGAAAUCAAAAAAAUACAGAAGUCUCUGAGACUGUAACGAGUAUCAAAGAAGAAAUGAAUGAAAUUCGUUCGAACAACUCGGAUGACACUGCCAAGGACGAGGUUAAAGCACAAUUCAAGAACGACUUGAUAUUCGACCUUGAUAUGUAGAUUUUGUUAGUUCACCAACGGAGGCGUUUUGUAAUGUGUAUGUGAUAAUCUUUUUAAAGCGAAUUUAAAAACUUUGAAAGCUUUUAAAGCGAAUUAAGAUGGUUUAUUGACCGUCUUCGAGGAAUUAGAUAAAAAUAUGGAAUCUACUUAGAAUUAUGUGAUAAUUUGGUAAAAUUGUAUAUUCGUACUAAUGUAGAAGGUUCUCAAAGAAACAAUCCUAGAUAGAAUUUUUUCGUUCGAUAGUUCAAAAACAUCGACCUUACUCUAUAUAAUAUUUUAUCUUCUAUAUUUAUAAAAUAUAAUGUGAAAAUAAGAAUCUUUUGAAUGUUUCUCGCGCGAUCUAUUUUGAAUUUUAACUAUUUCGUAUAGAAGAAGUAGAAGGAUCAUGUUUUUUAAAAUUUUUUGGGAGGAAAUCUAUUUUAUAAAAUGGAAUGGAACGUAACGAGUACACCUUUGCAACAAUCACGAUAUAAUCUACGUCACGAUUACAACAUGUAACUCCAUUGUCGGAGUAAAUAAUGCACUUGCUUUCUUAGUGAAGCGUUUGCCAUAUCAGCAUGCACGUAACACAAUACUAGCAUAUUCUACUCAACAGAGAAAUGGGAAUAAAACUUCACGAUACGAUCGACUUUAA